UCUCAGCUUCUGGCUCGAUGGCAAAUAUCGUGUCGAGGCCUUUCUCCAAUCCCUCUCUUUCUUCCGGAUUUCACCUAGGGUUCUCUAAUUGCCCUUCAAAAUCACCGUAUUUACACCCGUAGACUGUUCCCAUCCUGCAAUCAUCCUCGUCGCCACACACCGGGCUUUAUCCUUCUCUCCCAGAACAUCCAUUUUUGUAUGAUUUAACGUUUCGUUUUCAGUUCAGCUACUAUCGCUCCCCAUUUUUUGGCUUGUAGAUCUUUGUGGCGCUGCAAAACCAGAGCUUUCUCUAAAACGGAUUAUGCCAUUUGAACCCGCUUUUGUGUUAGUAAGCUCAACCAUCGCGUUUGACUGGUUUAAUAGAUGCCUGUUUCGAUCACUUGACACUUAAUGGAUGGUUUUUACACUCCCUAAGAGAUUGGGGGAAAGGGACCUAUUUAACUUAGACUUUUGAAUAGAUAAACAGCUCAAGUUAUGGAUGAUCAAGAAUUGUUAGCAUUAACAGUGAUAGAUGAUCAGGCAUUAUUACCAACUACAGUGAUAGAUGGUGGAGAUGUAGCAGUAUUGCCCAGUUUGGAUGAUGAUCAUAUUUUGGAUAUUGUACCUAAUAACUCAAAUGGUUCAUUAGUAGAGCAGCCUUUAAUGAUCGGACAAGAAUUUCCAGAUGUGAAUACCUGUAGAAGGGCUUUGAAAGACAUUGCAAUAGCUUCACAUUUUGAAAUGAGGAUAGUGAAGUCAGAUAGGAGUAGGUUUAUAGCCAAGUGCUCCAAAGAGGGGUGUCCAUGGCGCAUCCAUGUGGCAAAGUGUCCUGGAGUUCACACAUUCACUGUCAGAACCCUUCACAGUGACCACACAUGUGAAGGCGUUCAUAAUCUUCACCAUCAACAAGCUUCAGUCGGCUGGGUAGCUCGGUCUGUUGAAGCACGAGUGAGGGAUAAUCCACAAUACAAACCAAAUGAGAUUUUGCAGGACAUACGAAACCAGCAUGGUGUUGCCGUGUCAUACAUGCAAGCAUGGCGAGGGAAGGAACGAAGCAUGGCUGCUUUACAUGGCACAUUCGAAGAAGGCUAUAGGCUUCUCCCUCCAUAUUGCGAACAGAUUAGGAAGACAAACCCUGGAAGUGUUGCUUCUGUGUUCACUACAGACCAUGAUAAUAGCUUCCAGCGGCUUUUCAUUUCCUACAGAGCAGCAAUCUAUGGGUUUGUUAACUCUUGUCGUCCGCUUUUGGAGCUUGAUAGAGCACAUCUCAAAGGAAAGUAUUUAGGCACACUGCUAUGUGCCGCAGCUGUUGAUGCUGAUGAUACACUCUUCCCAUUGGCGAUAGCUGUUGUUGAUGUGGAGAGUGAUGAGAACUGGAUGUGGUUUACGUCAGAGCUCCGGAAGCUUCUGGGGGUGAACACGGAAAGCAUGCCGCCAAGACUCACGAUACUCUCUGAAAGAACGGCCAGUUUGGUAGAGGCGGUUGGGACCCAUUUCCCGAGUGCAUUUCACGGCUUUUGCUUGCGUUACAUCAGCGAGAACUUUAGGGACACUUUUAAGAACUCAAAGCUGGUCAACAUAUUCUGGAACGCCGUGUAUGCACUCACGGCCUCUGAGUUUGAGAGCAAGGUAACAGAGAUGGUGGAGAUUUCACAAGAUGUCCUUGCUUGGUUUCACCACUUCAACCCCCAGCUUUGGGCAGUUGCCUUCUUUGAAGGGGUACGUUACAGUCAUUUCUCAUUGGGAGUGACAGAGGUAUUGUAUAAUUGGGUUCAAGUGUGUCAUGAGCUUCCAAUUGUCCAAAUGAUGGAACACAUAAGGCAAGAAAUGGUUUCAUGGUUUGGUGAACGGAGGAAUAAGGGAAUGAGAUGGACUUCAAUUCUUGUUCCUUCCGCGGAGAAACGGAUUGCGGAAGCUAUAGUGGAUGCCCGUUGCUAUAAAGUGCUUCGAGCGAAUGAGAUUGAGUUUGAGAUUGUUUCAUCAGAGAGGACAAAUAUAGUGGACAUACGGAGUAGAGUGUGUUCAUGCCGCCGUUGGCAGUUAUAUGGCAUCCCAUGUGCACAUGCGACUGCAGCACUUAUCUCUUGUGGACAGGAUGCUCAUCUUUUUGUAGAAUCUUGCUUCACUGUGCACAGCUAUCGUGAGACUUAUUCUCAGAUGAUAUAUCCUGUCCCUGACAGAAGCCUAUGGAACGAAGACACUGGAGGAGUGGAAGGUGGGUUAGUUAAAGUUGAUUUGAUGAUUAGGCCACCCAAAACUCGAAGGCCGCCAGGCAGGCCAAAAAAGAAGGUUCUCCGGUUGGAAAGUCUGAAACGCCCAAAGAGAGUUGUUCAAUGUGGUCGCUGCCAUAUGUUAGGACAUUCUCAGAAAAAGUGCACUUUGCCAAGUUGUUAAUCUUUGUUGACUUUAGUUGUCAGUUUUUUUCAUGUCUACUCUCCAUAGAAAUUAAGAUAAUUGCUAGGUCUUUCCAUCAACACAUAUAGCACCAUGAAUUGUUGCGUAACUUGAAGUUUACUACUGCAAAACUAAUUGUUGUUAAAAUGUACUCUGCAGUACUUGUCAUCAGGUUCACAUAUCUCUUGUUCGAUUUCACUUUUCUAGUAGUUAGAAAAAUCACAAAUGCUGUUGGUACACAUAUUUUGUCCACAUUGUGAACACCCCGUAAUUGUAUGUCUAGCCAGG